AUGGCAACAGUACGAGAUCCCAACUUCUGGAAGCGCUUCUCCGCCGCCAUCCACAUGGACGAGGAAGCAAAAGCGGGCAUGGAGAAAGAAGUCGGCCAAUCGUCAGACUCCAAAAAGUCAUCGCGACCGAAGCUGGAGCCUUCCGAAUCAUGGCUGGACCGAGAAAGGGUCAAGAGGAAACGCCGAAACUACAUGUGCUGGGGCUUCUGGGUUGGCUUCUUGAGCUUCAUCGCGGGUCUUGCGGUGCUAAUCGUCUGGCUCGAUAACGCUGGUGUUUUCCACAGGCUCAACGAGAUGACUGUGCCGCAGCAGGAUGAUGACAGAAGUUGA